GACACAUAAUAAUGUCUUUUCCAGUUUAACUGCAGCAUUCACAAGAGGGUGUCCCUUGUUAAAUCUUUUACGGGGCUUGACUUUUGACGCUAAUUGGGAUAUGACACACGGAAACAGCAUUUUUGGGUCAGUCUCUACUCUUUUUCUUUCACCUUUGAUUUGAACCAGGAUGAGUUGUUUGCUGUGCGGUGGGUGAUUGAGAGUCCAUGCAGUUGGGAACGUUUAGACACCUUAGAUCGUGUCCCAGCUGAAAGUUUGGUCUACACAGUUUGAAUCUUCUGUAAUUGGAUCGGGUGAUUAUGUCUUGUCUUUAUUGGUGAUGCUUCAUUGAGUGGUGAAAUUUGGAUUUUAGGUUGAUGGGAUUAGAAUGCCCAGCUUUGAUGAAGAAGGUAUGGGCUUAUAGCAGCAGAAGAGGCAAUUCAGAUGGAAAAGGAGGGGUUGUUUGGUUUCAGAGAAUUUUUUUGUUUUCACUUUUAGUUACAAAUCUGUCAACUUGUUUUUAUUCUUUUUUUUUUUUCUUCAAAUUUUUGUGCAUAAAAUAUUGAAAAUACCUUUUUCUUUCAAUUUUUCCUUUACAAAUCUUUGAAAAUGGAAUGAAAUUAAGGUGACAGUUAUUAAAAGUAGAAACACAAAAUUUUCGUAAAACCAAACAGUCUCCUACUUGUGCUGAUCAGUGAAAACUUUUUUCCUGUAUCUCCUCAUUCCUUUGUGUUGAGAUGCUUCACUCGUGAAGAACUUGGGUGGGGCUAGAAAGAAAAAUAAAAAAGGAUACCCCUUUGACUUCUGGAAGCAAGCUGUAAGAGCUACUUGAACUGGAUUCUUGGAUAGGUAUAGCUUAAAGUUAUGUCUGCUUAUGGCCAUCAAAUGGAGCAGAUGUAUUCUGCUCGGAGUCUCCCUGGUGGUUCUGAGGUGAGGAGCAGUUUUGUGCUGGAAUCAGGAUUCUACAUCACAUCCUUUGCUGCAACCAUCCUUGUAGCUGCAUUAGCUGCUGUUGGGCUUUUAUUAAUUACUUUGCUUAUUUCACUGGCAAUGAUGCUGCAAUCUUGUCAAAGUAGCCAUGGUGGAGUUAUUGAACUUACGAAAAUAAAUUAUGACUACAGUUAUUGCAAGGUUUACUCUCUGCAUGCUAAACUCAAUAACUUAAAAGAACAUAAUCUUCCUAACAUCUGCAAGGAACUGGCCAUACAGUAUAUCAAGGGAGGUCAAUAUACUAGAGACUUGGGUUUAACCAAAUCUGUGAUUGAGGAUUAUUUCAACGAUGUUAGACCAUCAGAUGAUGGUCUUGAUGUGGUGUUGAUAGACAUAGAUGGCAUUUUUCCACCAAAUCUUCAUUCUUCCAAUUUGUUCCAAAGCAGCAUCAACAACUGUAUCUUAGAGGCAACGAAUUUAAAGCGCCUGCUUGUUUUAAGAAUAUACAUAAACCUUAAAGCUGGUGGAUGGUCUAUUAUUUUGUUAUCAAGAGAGCAAGGAACACACCAAAAUGUCACUAUCAACCAUCUUGUCUCUGCUGGAUUUAGAGGUUGGUCUACCUUGAUGAUGAGAGCAGAAGAUGAAGAUUCUACCAAAGGGAGUGAGUGUUUUUCUAGGCAAAGGAAUGUGAUCCAGAAAAAGGGUUUCCGUAUUCAAAGUAUCAUAAGCAGUCAAAUGGAUGCGUUGACUGUUACAGAUACAGGAACAAGAAAAUUUUUGCUUCCGGACCCUAUAUGUGACAAAUCUGAGCAGCAAAGAAGAGCAUAGAUGCUGGAUGUUAGUUUCACACUACAUAAUAGGAUAAUGGAUUAUUUUGCUCAACUAGUUUAAUUCUCUGCAUCUUGCAUUGUUCAUAUUAGGGAUAUUGUAAUUGCAUGUCCAUUGUCUGCCAAAGAGAGGUAGCAAACAGAUUUUCAGGGGCAAUAUAAACAAUCUGUCUCUCAGACUUGCACGUGGAUGCAUAUGUUGCUUAUAAAAGAAUUUUACUAAACUUUUAU